AUGGCCGACCGCGGCGCGAAGCCAACCAGGCGUCGCCAAGCGGCAGCCGCGUCUGGCAGCGAGGGCGCCGCUGGUCCAGUCGAGAAGAGGGCGAGGAAGCGAGCUCUUCGGAUCUGCGGCCUGUGCGAUGCUGGGGAGCAGGAGCCCGCGGAACCCCCGAACGCAAUUCGAAUCAGAACCUUCGUUGAUGACGUGUUCAUUGCGACGGCCAGGGUCGGGGAGGGUGGGAAGGCUGAGGAGGCGUUCGAGUGCUUCGGUUGCACUGACUGCGUGGACUUCGCCAGCCGCAACCUUCCAGGGUGCGCGUUUGCGGACGUCGUCCGCGACAAGAAGGAGGACGAGAAUUUCGCUCAGGAGGUGGAUGGGGCCAUGAACAUAGGCGAGAGCGACGAGGCGCCCUUCGGCAUCGAGGCUGGCGAGGGCUCGCAGAUAGGCAGCACCCUCUUCGAGGACUACCUUGCGCCCAACCACCACCAGGUCGUGUCGACAUGGAAGAAGACGCCGAAGCAGUUGCGCCUCAGGCCCCUGAAGUGGCGCGGUCGGAACGGCGUCGAGACCACGGUGUACCCCAUCAAGGAGAACGACAACAGUUGGCCGAGGCUCCGCUUGUACAGCGAGUCGUUCGACUACGUGAUGCAGAACUUGAUGCAGAAUGGCAUGGGUUGCUUCGCCUCGCAGCCCGACAGGGUGAUGACCGCCCAGGCUCGGGAUACGAGCAAUCCGAGGCGCGCUUUCUCGACCAUCCGCUCGCCGACCGUGGACGCCGUCAACGACAGGAGCGCGGAGUUGGGCGGCGGCAGGGUUCAGCUGACGGACUUCUCGCCCCACGCUGCUGGCCGCGUGCGGGGGUUCUGGGGCAUGGGUGCAAAGCGGCUCAGGGAGGGCGUCGAGGACGACGACGAGGACAUCGAGGCCCCGAGGGACGCCGCAGCGUGCUACGCCGACUCGGCGGUCUCGGGCACGUGCCGCACGCCUCAGCCUUCGCCUACCAGCGAGAGGGGCCCAAGGACGCCUGGCAGCUUGCUUCGCGGCAGCAGCGGCACGGUGCUUCCCCCUGGGGGCCGCCAUGGCAUUCCUUCGGAGAUCCAGAAUACCCCGAACGAGUUCCAGAAGGGUACCCCCGAGUAUUGGAUUCACGACCUGAACUUGACAUGCGCCAUGGCUGGCGCGAAACUCGGCCAGGGCCCUCAUCAGCUAGAGGUUCUCUUGGGGAAGGUUCCUGAGGGAAAGUUGCCGACCAUCAGGAAGCACCUCCACCUGGUAACCCUGGCUAAGGAGAUCGUUCGCAUGGAGACGCUCCAUCCAGAUACCUCGAACAAACACAUGGCGGAGCUCACGGAGGCAGGGGCGGUGAUCCCUGCAGCUGUUCAGCUCAAACUUGUCAAGUACUGGGGGAAAAAGGAUUACGACGUCUGGAGCAAGGUACUCAUGUUCCGUGACCCCUGCCUUGCAGAGGCGAGACUUCCCAGCAGCACCAAGGCAGCCGUGUUCGUCGAGGAGGUGCUGAUCUCCUACCUCAUCCCGCUCAUUCUGGGCGACGCCCUUAUGGAGCGACAGGUCCUAGACUUCAUCGAGACGGCCUUCGUAUUCUUCCAGCUCCCCGAGGAAUGCGACAUCUCCGAGGAGUGCGCUCAGGCCAUUGUCGAGGUCAAGCAGAUAUGCGAGGCGAUCCAGACGGCAGCCUCGAAAACCAUCGGGAAGUCCGCGCAGAAAGACACCUGCGCCGACAUCGGCACCUUGCAGGCUGCUGGCGGCAAAGCAGGGGCCACAGACGCUUGGGCGCAGGUCGGGGCUGCUCUGGGGCAGUCGCCCCACUGGAAGACGCUCCUGAAGAACGUGAUCUCCAGGGAGAAGGUCUACCUGGAGCUGGCGCCUCUAGUCGCCCAGGACUUGUCCGAAGUCGAGGCUCUUUCGAAGACGAUGGAUGUGAAUGCCUUCCCAGUGCGGGCCAAGUCACUGAUCGAUCGUCUCCCCAACUACAUCGCCAGGUUGGGGGCUGAGCCAAUCCAGAUGCUCGAGACCUCGCUGGUCCAGGUCAUUCACAAGGCAGCCACUGCUGUUCUCGAGAAGGACUUCCCUGGCGACACUGCCAAUGACCCGACUCGUUACCAUGCGUUGCUCGAGUCUUACUCGGAGGUCGUCGAGAAGGUCUAUCAGGUGUGCCAGUUCGAUGAUGCCAUCUCGCGUUUAAAGGAUAGGGUAAUGAACGCCAUCAGGAGUGCAGAUCAAGAAACCACGACCACUUCAAUCAUCGGCAGCAUGAACAAGUUCCGCGAGGGGAUGAUCGACAUUGCAGUCUUGCACGCCGACGUGAAGCGCCUCAGUCUGAGUGCGGAUUCAGCUACCGAUGAUCUUCAGACCGCUGUAUCUCAGCUUUGGGAUUUCUCGAUGAAGACGGAUGCUAUCCAGACCACCUUGGGCGACAAGUUCGACGUGUACACCGACGUGCUGAACAGGAUUUCCGGCUUCCAAUCCGACCGCGAGAAGCUCGCGUUUCACAUGGACUUGAUUAAGAAGACUUCGUCGCUCAGGAGCGCGCUCUCGAAGUUUAUAGGUGAUCUGAAGGAGCGGGACGUCGACAUGCAGAUGGUGCUCACUGCGGAUCCGAACGAGAAGCUGUGGAGGGCCUUCGUGAAGGCCAAGACGGAUCUGACCACCUGCACCAACGCCAUCUCGAACAUCACCGCUAGCCUCGACGAAGUUGGCCUUACCUUCAGAGAUACAUACAAUGAGCUUGUUUCCCUGUCCGAAACAUAUUACACGCAGGCGGUCGGUUUGAAGAUGGCUGCCAGGAAGGACGCGGUGACGGAGGCUUCGGAGAAGCUGCAGUCGACCCUGGACCAGAGCCCCGCGUACUCCACUUACAAGCUGCACGUCAGUGACACCAGCAGCUGGGCGGACAUCGUCAAGAUCGCAGACACCUUCAAGGAGCUGGCGGCCGCCGAAGUGUACCACCUUUGCGACGAGUUGAACAAGGCUGUGAGCAUCUACUUGACCAAGCGCUCGGAGUACCAGGUACCAGCGGACCCCGAAUGCAAACUCGUGGAGAAUGCGCAGCUCAACGUAAAGCAGUGCGCUGCCAUCGCAGCCAUGGCCGAUAUCACGAGAAGCCUCACUGACGAUAAGCUGGUUUCGAACAAG